AUGGUGCGACUUACCACACAUGCACGGGCAACUCUGCAUCUCAACAUACACAUGCAGAAGUAUCAGACGUCCCCUUUUUAAUCCCUAUUUGUUUGUGUUUAGCUCCUCUCCGAAUUCAACAUCAGCUGCACAGUGGUGCAUUCGGGACUGGACCCCGUGGCUCGUACCUUGGCUGUGAGAAACUUCAAAGCAAAGAAAGUGCGUUGCCUGCUCGUGACUGACCUCGCGGCUAGAGGCAUUGAUAUUCCCCUUCUGGACAAUGUUAUCAAUUUUCAUUUCCCUGGUCAACCGAAGCUUUUUAUCCACCGUGUGGGUAAGGGCCUUCAUCGUGCUUCCUUGUCCCGUCACCCCCUUAACCAUUCUCGUUUUCUCCUUCCCUUUUUGUCAUUAUUUCGGUUCCUGUUUUCAUGCUUACUAACUGCCGAGUAAUCAGACCAUGGUUUCUCAUUUGCGCUGUUAUCAUCUUGUCAGGUCGAGUGGCGCGCGCUGGUCGUGCCGGCCUGGCCAUCUCCUUCGUCGACUCUGACGAGCUGCCCUACCUGGUAGAUCUCUGCGUCUUCCUGGGCCGACAAGUUCAAACACACUUGCCGGUUGACAAACAACAACCUCCAGCGCCGGGAUGUCCGGCAACCUGGAGCAAUGAACUGCUUGGCACCUUCCCACGAGACGCACUUCGCACUUGUCAAGAGACUAUAGCUAAACGCAUAGCCGAGAAUACUAUCCUGGUACGUUGAUUUACACCUUUUGAUGGCGACGCGGUACUGUGUCUUCUGGCAUAUUUACGGUACAGUCCAUCAGACUUCCUGGUUAGUGGACUCAGUAGAGCCUUUUUGCAUAGUUUACUUGUUAAGACUUAUCCUUUUAUGGGCAAUGAUCAUAUGUCAGCGAAGUUAAUGCGUUCUUUCCGUCCGAUAGUCUUAUGAGGUUCUCGUCACUGAUUUGCCCUUAUCUGUAGCUCUAGAGGGCUGCAAUGGAAGCAGCGUCCCCUCUGCAUUAACUGCUUCGAGUGGCUGGCGAAUCCCGACGAGGAUAGACGACGUAGAUUCCCCAUCCCAGUGAAAUUUUGCACGCAGUUCCGAUCGGUGAGUAGGGAGGGCUCAACUGUGUCGUAAGACACGCAGAGGAGAGCAUCGUGCUCGGUCAGCGACUACUCACGACGACAGUUCGACUGUCGUUACCGACGAUGUCCACAGGCAUGGUGACUUACGUGUGAGUUGGUUUAUAUUGGUGGUGGACUUGCACAGCAUCUACCGCACUCUACCUUCUCCACUCUGCACCUGGAUCCGCUAUCAAGACGGAGUCAAGAAGACCGAAGGCGGGAGAGAGUGCAGGUGGCUGGCGCGGCCGGACCCGCACCUAGACGUACCACCACGUCCCCUGGCCCUCACAGCAUAUGACUGGGAUUUUAACCAAUAACAUCAUCAGCAACAACAACAAAAACGAGGGCAGCUGCAAAGACAAGGGUGACUGGGCAGCCAUGCCCGUGACCUGUAUACCCAGAGGGGACACAGGCGCAUCUACCACCAGGGAACUAGGUGUCAGAGAACCGCCAGCUCAUGCCAGGCUGCGAGCGACAUGGGUUGCCGAUCCUGACAUAGCAGACGCUUCCAGACCUGUAGGCCUAGAGGGGUGACACGUGGCCCUGCAUCUGCCUGGGCCGUCAUCCCCCAAACAGCCUUCGACUGAGAGGCGCCACUACGCACAAGCACAUAUUCAGUCGCAUCGACCCAAUCUUGUCAUUUGAAAAUAAUGCUGAGUUACUAGUCCUCAAAUACCAGGCUCCCAUUUUAAUGAUUGAUGAAACCUGACAAAAAUGCCGUUGUGGAACACCGUAUCACCAAUGGCGGAAGUUCUGCUGCAAUACUGGCAGUUUUUAUUAUCAAGAUAAUUAUACUGAAUUUGCCAUAUUCAGUUUGUCGACUUCACACUAGGCGAUUGCGCUUUGGAUAAUUUAAUUACGCCGCAGUAGGUGAUGCAUCAAUUGAAACGUCAUCUGAAAUUCUGAAUGUGAUCUCGGUUAGAAAAUAUCACUUAAGUGGGAAUGCAAUAUCGGCUUUCAUGCAACAGAAUCCCAAGAUAUUUUAGUUACGCAAGGAUGUCUGCUUUAGAAUGCGCGUCUUUCCGGCCGCCUACAAGAAUUGCAUCCGUUGAAAACGACUCCUUAAAAAGUAUACACUCUUUCGAUUGGUCUUCGAUGACUCUUUAAAUCCAAACGUAUUUUAAAGAAGGCACGCGCAAAUAUACCGUUUCUUGUACUCUUUUUGUGGCAUAUUGCGUAUUCGAACUUUCUGCUCAAGGAAAAGUUAGCGUUUAAUUUGAAAAAUUUAUGAUUGUGCUAUUUUUCAAGACUGAAAUGUCCGUUUAAUGCCUCUUAUGAAAUAUGCCACGUGAUUUAUAUCCGUUGCGAAGUUUCAUGGUGUCUACGUGGCAUCUUCUCAAUAGCAUGGAAGAAUUUACAAUUUUCUAAAUGUAGGAGUACAACCCGCAGUCUGGAAGCCGUAAACGCAAGUUCAUUGACAUAUGGGGUCUAAAAUUAUUCGGCAAUCCAAAAGCUUUUCAAAACUGGGAGAUACGGUUUCUUUGAGUAAAAGAUUUAAAGAGGACGCAAUUUGCUGAAAAAUCAGUACAGGAAACGGUGCUUUCUGCAUGCCCCCUAUAAUAUGGGCGCAACAAAUAUCAAUGGGAAAAAAUCGUGCUACUUAAGUAGUCUGUUUUCACUUUAUGUAUUUCUUUGGAAGCGGCCGGAAAGCGCGGGUCCAGAUGUUGGCAUCCUGGCAUAACUGAGGUAUCAUCAGAUUUACUGCGGGAUUACCAAUAUUAUAAUCUGUUUGCCGAAGUCUUGCAUUCGGCUGCAUAUUGCUUCUGACAGCGAGCCAUCUGUUUCGCAUGACAACAGGCUGUGACUGUGACAGACGUCGCUUAAACACCAGUUGUGAUCGCUGCACUUGGGCAUCACUAAUGAGUGCUGUUCUGCUGUUAGUGAUCUAACUUGACUUUGAGAGAAAUUCAUCCAUUCUGUGUAGGCUGAUGUCGCUUUUACAAAGAAAACAAUGUCAAUUCACACCAAGAUGGUGGUGGAAUCUCAUAACAUCGCAAUCAUUUUCGACCUCAUUUGUGCUUAGUUAGUCGCCUUUUGCGGGAGACUUGCUGAUCAUAAACGACUGACGCCGUUAACAGCUAUUUGUAGGCGUUUAGGAGGAGGAGGAGGAGGGCGAGAGACGUUUGCAUCGUAUCUGGAGUUUUUCCUCUACUGUCCUGUUACUUUUACUCCCACAGGCAUCCGCUGCCCCAGUGUGCAAACGUGCGUUGAACAAGUACGUCCAGACUCGUCCGCGGGCCAGUGCGGAGUCUGUCCGGCGCGCGAAGGAGAUCCGGUCAGCGAUUUCAUCGCUCCCAAUACACCCAAUUUUCUGUGAGUGAGUUGUUCCCUCUUGACAAUGAGGGUAGAGACGGUGCCUGGAUCAGUUCCUUUUUGCCUUCGCACUAAAACUCCUGGGUAUUUUCGUAUUUCCUGACAAAUUGUCAUGAGACAUUUUGUAAACCCGGCCCAGUCUUGGAUUAUCACCGCUCUCCUCAAUAACCGAGCCCAUAGAAGUGGUGGUUGAAGUAACUGAUGCGCCUAUUCGCGAUGUACACAUGAUCCAGGUCACUUAUUAGUGGCCCUCGGUAAUGGCCUUAAGGGGAGUAUUUGCGCCUCAAAAACGAGAUAAUCGUGCCGAACCCUGCCCAUUGUUUAUUCCAAAGACGUCUUUAACACAUCAGUGCUACUUUGCCCAGAGGAGCGCUCUGGAUGCAACUAAUAAAUUCCUGCCACCAGUAUUGUGCCAAACCGCCGAAAAUCAGAGUAAUCUCCGUUCUAAAAGAUGAUUGCAGGUAGGGCUUGCGAGUUACACACCUUCGCAUAUUUGCAUAACGCGCUUUUGUGCAUACUCUCGGCUGAUGCGGUUGGUUUUUUAAGCAACUCCGACGGUUUCUUUUUGUUCUGUAUAUUCCAUCAAAACAGUACACUUUGUAUGAAGAACCUGUGACGGUCACAUCCUCCACCUGUCAUACAGUAGUCUCCGCCGAGUUUACGGAGACGUAAAUGCACAUUAUUGCUGCUUUCUUCACUACAGCGGGUGUCACUGUGUGUUCAUUUCGCCACCCAAUGUGGCCGUCAGGGCCAAGCGGUGAAUGAAAGUGUUGGAACCAACAGUGGCAUGAGCCUUUUGGAGUUUAAAGACCUCACUUCCAGGGUCAAUGGUAACACGACGUUCCCCGCCUUAGGAACUAGGAUUGACUGACUGUUUAGCAUUUCCGUCCAUUGCUCUCGACCCAUUCUUGUUCGCAUACGCAAACUGCACGUCUGCACUCACCCUUCUUGUGCCCUUGAAUGGUCCCUUGCGUCUACCGGUUCCCAAGUUCCAAAACAAACCGCUUUAUGCUGUUUAGUCUUGAUUGGUUAAACUCAGCCGCUCUGCAUGGUAAUACAUCAUCAUAGCCUUGUCAAAGCCAGUGGCGUUACCGCGUUGCCUUCCUUCCUGACCUCGCACAUGAAUAUUUGUUGUCUAUGGGCGUUUUUUAUGACUGUCUGACGCGUAUCCCGCACCUUCAGAGGGACGCCUACGUCAGACAGGGAUGCCUAGGACAGCAGCCUUUGCGAACCUAGUAGUGCCGCCUUUGGCGAUUCAUACCCCCUGGACAGCGCCUUAGUUGACUGACAAGAGCAGAGAAGAGCCAAGCCACCUGCCUUGCUCAGCAUCCUCGCAUUUUGUCGGUCUGUUUCUUGGAUUUCGUGCAGUUGGUCACCGGGGUCGCUACCCCCCCACCACCAGUAGAUGGCGAGACCAGUUCGCUGUGGGGGAUCCAUCAGGUCAACAUAGGCCCAUUUCAACCUGUACGUUUUUAUUUUUUUUAUAGCCGAUGUAGCAGACCGUGUGGAUACAGAAAGGGAGUCAAUUCUACAAAUGCUGCGCAAUCGAAGGCUGCCGGUGAGUUCCUCUCCGGAUUGUCCGUUUGCUUCUCAAAGUCCUUGCUUUUCGACCAAGCGUCUUUCCUCGAAUUUUCGUAUUUUUAACUCCGGGGAAAUGGCAGUCAUCCUUAUACGCAAAUCAGUUCAACUAAAGGCUCUUAUGAGACUUCAGUGAGACCAAGAAGAUUACACGCUGUAAAUAAAAUAACGGCUACUGCUUUAUACAACAAGGCUACGAGCCGUUUCGGGACUGGAAAUUUCUAACUUUUGCGUCACCGUUGCCUACUGUGAUACCUAGGACACCAGCCUUUGGGUGUUUCACAUACAACGGCUGACCGUAAUCCGAGUUAAUUGAAUCUCUUUUCACCAUCAAGGGAAAAAAUCCAGUUACUGAUUAGUCCUGCGUUCGAAAGACUGCUGCCAAGCAGCUCACCGAUCUAUUUUGACUGCAGAAUGCAGCACGGAUCCGUGCCGGUCUGCGGUCCCCCCCCACCUACUAUCGCAGGGUGACCAGCAAUUAGUCGGGAUGUUUUACUGACGCGGACUGAGACCUUUGAGUGGCCAAUGCUACUGUCGUGGCAUUCCAUCUUACCACCCUCAGAUGCCCCUUUGGGGUUUCUUUAAUUACAAUCUGUCUGUGUUCUCGUCGAGAUAAACUUGCUUUCGUUUGAUUCUACAUCAGUACAAUAAAGAAUUGUUAAGUGAAAGUAUGUGGACCCUUAACUACAUGUCAAUUAAUGGUGAUGUCAGCCUUGAAGACCGCUCGGUCCAACAAUCUGAUUGACGAGCCUGUUGGUAUCAUUGAUUACUAUGGAAUUUGCAUCCAGAUGCUGUAGUCCUGCCACCCGAUCAAUUCUAACGAUCCCGAUCAUUCUAACAAUUUAUUCUAACGAUUAUUUUACUGUCUAUGUGUCAGUUACUUUUGUUUUUUCUACUUAUCCCAAAGUCAUUGCAUGAGAAUGCUAACGUUCACUUCGGCUCCUUCAGAUGACUGAAAUCGUGCCAUCUUUUAUAUAGCACAAUUGUCCAUAGACUGACUACUGUACGGUACACUUAGUUGUGUUAGUGUAAUUCGUUUCUCUGUGCAGUUUCUGCUGUAGCUGUUUGAUGUUCCUGUUUUACAUAUUUUUGAUAGUUCCCCUCCUUGUAUCAAGUAGGGAGUCCAAAGGGGCACCACCUACAUUUCCCUCAGAUAAAUUGAACUGAGUUUACUAAUAACCAAUGAAUUUUAUGUUUUUCCCUGCCACUUUUGAGCAAGUUUCUUCAAAGCGCGUAGUUUUAAAAUUACAAAAAGUCUAACAUUUGGGUCCUUCUCCCCCCCCCCCUCCCCCGCGUCUUACUCAACAUCUUUGUCGCCUGCUUAGACCAUUUUUGAGGCCCUCGGCAAGCACGCUAAUCCCGAGGCCUUCCAGAUGAUUAUGCGAAAACGCAAACUUCAUGACCCAAUAAUCUCCCGAGCUCAGGAGAUGCAAGCAAAACGCGAAAAGCAGGCUGCGGAUCACAACGAGGAGGUGAGUCCUCUGCGUUAGUUCUGGUUUACAGUUAAAACCGUACUUUCACCCACCGAUUGAAUUUCUAGACUAGAGCACUGCCCAAACUAGUGCGCUACCUUGUCUUUAAUACCUGUGGUACUGAACUGAGCAUAGUCCAUAGUCCAUCCUUAAAGUUGCCUUGACAAGUUAGUAGACAUCAGUAAAAACUGCCCAGAUGUUUGUCAGGAAUACUUGGUAGGCGAGAACGCAGCCAACCUUCGCUCUCUUAUACAAAGCCUCACUGGACCAGUUCAAGACUGUCGUACUCCUUACUGUGUUCUCACCUCAUUAGAGGGUGUUGUGAUAACGGAAGGGACCUAGCAGUUCCCUUUUUCCCUACUGUUUUCGUCACGAGUUCAACGGUGUGCCUGCGGUAAUGUCACCACUCCAGUGAGGUUCAAGUUUUAAUUUUAUUGCCUCUGAUCGGUCAAUUGGUAUGGUGAUAUCUAGGGUAUGCGUUACUUCGGGGGCACCUGUAUUAUCUGAAGACCUAUGCCCUUUGACCUAAAUGUCAAACAACUCAUUGGCUAGAAUACACUUGUCAGGUAGGAGAAUAAAUUGAGCCGCUAACCUUCCGUGCUCGUCCUUUAAGUACCCUGUCAACUGGGCUGUCGUUGUUACACUGGCUAUGAAAAUCAGCAAGACCGAUUUCUACUUACGAAGUUUACCAACGAUGUGGGUAAGAGCGGGCUCGUCAUUAUCGUAAAGGAGAGGAACGGAAUAUUUGCUGGCAUAUGUAACCGGUAAAAAUCUUAGGAAGACGUUCAUGAGGCGUAGAUAAGUUGGAUGCAUCGUGUGCAAUACAUUUCCUUUUCUGUUUGCCAGCUGCCACGCAUUAUUAGAAUGCUCGUUUUAUAUGCCUUUGCUACAAGAAGGAACUUUGACUAUUGACACCCCUUACCAGAUGCCAACAAUGCAGACUGAAACCUCUUGGAGGGCCGCGAGCACUUUCUAGGUUAUUCGCUGACCAGACCAGCAUUGGGCGUUCUUCGACACAAGCGGUUGUCCAAAAGUACAACACCUUUUUCGAUGGUAGGGGGCGCUCACCGAUCGUUCUUAUGGAACUCAUUCGUUCCGUUGUGUCUUACGGGCUCUCUCGAGCCCAACCAGCAGCCGCACAACGGCGCAUGAUAUAGGCAGUAUGUUAUUCCCGACAAAGACAAGGGAGACUGGAAUGGCCACUUCUGGCUUAUUAGCCGUCGCCAGCAGUCAUACCUACCCCCGAAGUGUAGAACACCUGGGGCUCGAACUCGCGAUCUGUUAGCUAGAAGUCCACGUCUCUAACCACUGGGCCAAGAGCCCGUUGCCCUGCCGGUUGCGAUCGGGAAUAUACAAUGGUAGGGGGCGCUCACCGAUCGUUCUUACGGAACUCAUACGUUCCGUUGUGCCUUACGGGCUCUCUCGAGCCCAAACAGCAGCUGCACAGCGGCACAUGAUACAGGCAGUAUGUUAUGUUUUCGCUAUUGCGGUUGAUGGUACAACGACCAGUACCCUCCAACUGUCAACUGACGGGAUAAUUCCGUCAGGACGGACAGUCAGGAUGCAAUGACCCCCUUUAAACGUGGCCUCUAUAGCACACCCAUCCCGUCGAUGUCCGAGCCGCCCCCCCCCGUGCGAAAGCCUGGUCUAUUUUGCGCGGACUAGGCGUGUGUGUGGCACGCGUAGACGAUCUUUGCCUCCGCGAGCCACUGCGGCUGAUCCUGCCUGCGGCCUUUUUGACCCUCUCUUGACACCUGGCUCAGGUGGGUAAGGGUGCAGAGCGUGCGGUAGAUGCGGCGCAAGUCUGCUAUCUCUGUUAACUAAUUCGCGAGCAAGUCACCGUCCGUGCGCUCAUGUGGCUGUAGGCGCACAGUGGACAUCGUCUGAAUCGACUAACUGUCACCUUUCAAUCGCUUCGUGAUAAUCAUCGGUUCCAUCUGUGCAAAAGUUUUGAAGUAUUAGCCAAAAACAGGUAGCCUAAUAAUUGUGGGACUAACUUCAUUUUAAAAUUAAUGUAGCCACCAAAUGUAACCACCUGAUACUUCAUGUGUGGUGGUCUACUUAACUGCCUAUAUUUUCUGCAAGCAGAGCCUCUGGUCCAAUACUUUCAGCCGUAUUGUCUUCACCCUGCAUCUAUCUGUAGACUAUAGCACCCGCCAAGGGUAGCACGUUUUUCGUCCCAUCGGUGCGCGAGGAUGAGGCAAGUGAACGCGGCCUGAGCACUCGAACACAAGAUGGCAUCGGUGGCAGUUUUGUGCUCUCCGCAGAGGCCGCCAGUUUCGACGUUCAGGGCGACGAAGUGGGCAUCUCCCAUGGGUACUGUUUUUUAAUCUUUCCUUGCUCCUCCUCGCCCCCAUCACCUCGCGAUGCAUUUUCGCUCGUUUUCCAACGUUGUUUACUUUGCCUCAUGUUAUUGCGGUGGCAGUGGAGACCACAACAACAGUCCCCGACCCGUUUACUACUGUUGAUCAGCCUCUCACGCCUGUUCGAGCCUUUAUUUGAGUCUGCCCUGCAUCGUUGGCGGCAUGUUAGAGCGCUCUCCAAGGUGUGAACAGCAGUGCGUGUGCUUGGGCUGUGCUCUGCCAGCAGCACUGCAUUUAGGGACGUGUCUCCAUUCAUUGCGCAUUUGACUAAAUCUUCUGUCAUAAUUCCGACUCUACCUAAGUCUGGUUUGGAUGGCUGCUGACAACGAAUAAGCCAGAACUGACCAAUCUCGGUCUCAUGGCUCGAUUCAGGUACUCUUUCGACGUUAUUACUUGCUUGUCGCUAUACAAGAACUCUAGCUUGAAGCUCCAAGGCAAGAUGGAACGAGCGUGUUCCUACAGUCGAGUCGCCGAAGUGACUUUCGGCAGUGCUGGUAAUUAGUCAGGUGUCCAGGUCAGGUAGGGUGCCUUGGUCAUACGCGUAGUGCACAGGUCUAAACUUUUCAACUCUACCUCGUCAGGCUUGUUUUCUCAAUUUCAAUGGCCACUUGUCUUCGGGCAAACGCAGUGAGCCAGUCACCUGAGUAGAGCGACUGUGUCUAUUUCCACGUAAAAUCAGUACUACGCGUCCGCCAGGACACAAUUUUGGCUCAUACAGACAGGUGGCUGUCUUGCGUAACCGUUAACUGGAGUUUAUACCAGAAGACACUUAGGGAACGCUUAGGGGCUCAUUGAUUUGGGUUGUGUUCAGUCGCUAGCGUCUAGAUCACUCCUAGGAAGUAACACCAUGACGGGUAAUCAUUGCUCAACACGUGGGCCCCAUAGCUUAGGUGGUAGAACCUCCUACUCAUGUGCUUGACCACCAACCGAUCCAGGUUCAUAUCUCAGACGCGAGCCUGCUGACACAAAGCGAUCCAGGAAUGGUGCGUCCGGCUACUCUUCUUCGCUAGAGUUUGCUUCAAGGCGAAACGGAAUGACUAUAUUGCAUUCUGCGAUCAGACCAGGCCAAUAAAACCACUCCUACGUGUCGCAGGAUAAUGCAGGAGAGAACUAUUGCCGACAGCGAUAGGCAUCUCUGGCUAACUUUCCGUCAUCAGCUUCGAGCAAGAGCUCUGCCUCGGAGACGACCACCUUACGUCGCCCAAUCAGGCUACGUCGGUGAAUUUCUCUCUUACGCAAGCGUAGAUCCCUUGGCAGAGAUUUUCACCGAAAAGUGCGGUGUCUUAAAAUUACUGACUACUUUUUCUACCCAUAUGUGUGGAUGUAUCCUUUUUAGGCGGCCGACAGGCUUUCGAAAAACUCUGCAAGUAUGGGAUCGCAAGCGUAAGCGCUUCGUGAACUCGGAUGUUGCCGCUGGCAAGGCCAAUGUAGCACGCAUCAAGACUGAAAGUGGCGUUUAUAUACCAGCUUCCUACAAAACUGACAAGUAAGUGUCUUUUAUUCAACUCUGCACUUAUUAGUCGUCUGUUUCCGAGAGCGGUCCCAGCCGGGCUGCCUGCUGAAUGGCGUCCGCUGACCUCUGCGCCUAUUUUUUUGUCUCUGUCUCCGUUACUGCUACCAUUGCUUAGAGAUUUUGUAGGCAGGGAGACUAUUUCUCAGGUCGCCUAAAACCCUAACGCGCCAGCCAGCGGUUUUAUGGGACAGUUGGGUGAAGGGAUGGUUUCUCGUAGUUUCUGAAUUUGUAGGUAGGCGUUUCUAGCCAGUCCCCAAGCAAAUUCAUGUAAUACUCCAGGACCGCAGUACACGGCGGGCAUAGUUCUGUCUAUUGAUUGACAGCCUUCAGCACAUCUUAAUACCACUAUGGCCUAUUACACCUGCUGCCACAAACGUCCCCGCCCUCACCGCUACGCCAAGCCUCACAGCGUCCACGAAGUCGACCACCACCGCCGCCGCCAACGUCGUUGACCACCUGCAUCAUCCCUGCCACAACCCCCCCGCGACAACUACCACCUCUUUCACUCCCACCACCGGUAAAAACACUCCCGACGCCCCGUCAGACGCCACCCGCUUCACCACGGAUGUGAACUUAAUCCCAACCUGUCCCCACUUGGAUCGCACCUUCACGUCACGCAUCGGCCUGGUCGAUUGCCUGCGAAUCCGUUGCACUGAGGUUGGUGAACCGGUACAAGGAGCUGGGCGUACACUCGUCGUGCCGGCCUCUAUUGUCCUCACUGUCCACACACACUUACUCAUCGAUGGGCCACAUGCGUAUCCACGACAGUGCUUUUUCACCAAAUCCGAGAGCCGGCCUACUUCGCAGCUGACCAUUGCUUAAAGCCACCCUGCGUGCUGUUCCUUCGAAAUCACGCAAAAGACCGUCUUGCAUACUGUAACUGUCACAACCUCUCGUUCGCCCUGCCUGCUCUAACCAUUUUUCACAUCUGAUGUCCCAAGAAACCUGAUUGCCUCAUAAGUCAGUGAACCGAUGAGCAUCGCAAAGACAUCUAGCGAGCAAUGACUAAGAGAGUUAGGUGUCAGACAAACGAGUUUAUUAUUCCUCUUCUUUGAGCUUUCUUCUCAGUCCCUGCAAAUGUUUGCGUUGACCUUAGUUGCUGACGUCAAUCCCGUUUCCUAACUGUCUAGGGUUUGGUAGGCUUGGGGUGGCUCCGCACAUCUUAAUUCAUGACCGAGUCGGCAUGUUUCGUUCCCUCACACCGUACUAGUUCAACUAGUUAUCUUCAUUACAGAUGGGAUUUUGUUUUGGACUCUGCGUAGCCACGAGGUAAUGUGUGUCUUCACGUCGAACAACCAUUUUACGUUCGAAUAGCUCGGUCUCCAGUUUUUGCCUCGGCCGACACUUAUUUGGGGCAUUUAGAGUAUGAAAUACACUUCACUUAUUGGUUCUCUGUCCAUAGAACCUGACUUAACAUUUAGCUAUCGGUCUGUAUGCUAAAUUGUUGAUGGUGCCUUGCGUGGUCUCGGAGACGAUUCUAGUGUAAGGCUACACGCGUGUCUCAUCUCAGGUUGUGUAGCGGCGUUGCCUCUAGCGAAGUCGCAGAUACCUGGUGGCGAAGGCUUGUGGGAGGUCAUUUUAUCUGAAUGCAUGUUGUAAGUAAUGCACCUCGAUCAUGUUUGUCUUUCGAGUCCUGCAGCGUUUGUAUUGUCUUGCACACAGCCCCCACGCAACUUAUCCUGUGCGUCAAUAGAUGGGUAACGUAAAUGCUCCUAGCCGCAGUUUUGUUCCUGUUCUUACGUUGCUGUUUGGCUCUCUUGAGGUUUUAUGGACCGAGAACUUUAGCUCGCUCCCAUCCGUGGUAAAGUUAAUAUCGAGUUGAAGAAAUUGUCAGGAUUUCGUAAGAUACCAAUACACUGGCUCCAAAAGACCGCUUUAUAUUCCAGAGGGGCUCUAUCUCUUAGCUUUUGAAGUAGGUUUUCUAUCGCUCCGAGUAUCGAGGAAUCAUUGCAAGUCCCCUUUGUCAUUUCGUGGAUCGUGUUAGGGGAUUAGAAGAAUGUUCUUUGGCAUAAUCGGCAAAAUGUUGAAAUUUGUUUUUUGUCGAGGCCCUCACUGUAUUGCUCACGCGAACAGACUCCAAGAGCCAAGUCGUGAAGAACGGGCCCACUUCUUCGUCGGGUCCAGUUUGUUAGUCGUGAUCCGACGGUAACUUCAAGGCCGAUUUAACGGCCUUCCGCGAAACUUUCUUGUGGAAUCUUGACCGACGAGGCAACUGUGUUUUAGGUUUGUCGGUGGGAGUUCCCCCUACAUGCUACCAUUCGUCUGGAUUAAUCUUUUGCUCUUUUGAUUCACAGAAAGCCGUUGGAUCUUACAAGUACACUGUCGCCGGCUCCUAUUCACUGUCAUUCGGCAUUUGGAAAAAACCGUUUUCUUUAAAUUGAGAUAGAUGCUUGUUUAGUUUUUUUUUUAUUCUUGUCGCUUCGGUUAGCUUUCAGUGAAACCGGCUAUGAUCUCUGUCUGUAAAGUUUUCUGAUGAGCACUUCCCCUUGGUCUUGCUUAUUGUUAUGAACGUUAUUGCGAUACCCUCCACUCCCCGUAAAGGUACGAAACCUGGUUGAAGCGCAGCAAAGUCUACCUGGAACCCAAUCAAGAACAGGGAGGCGACACGGCGAAUGUCGGGGAGUCACAAAAACAUGCAAGCGGUGGCGGCGCUGCCCACAACGCUCGUUCGAAGGACCCCAAAACGCCUUUCACAAGCCUCUUCAACGCCAAGUACGGCAGUGUCGUGGAAUUCAUGGACAUAGAAGAGGACACUGAGAAAAGUCGCCCGCGCGGCAAACAGGGUUUCAGAAAAGCAGCCAAAGAAGGGAAACAGCCUGGAAGUGAGGGCGCCGAAAGUACCAGUGGUGGCCUGAAGGUCGUUGGCACGCUUUCUCGAUGUAAGUUGCGCAGAAGUUAUCCAUAUCUGACCUGUAACUGUCUGGACCAAAAUGCGAACUCUUGUCUGCACAAAUGAACUAUGCCUCCAACAUCUGUUAGACCUGAAUUAAUUUAAGGUAUUGAGGUAAACGUUUGAAAUCCAGAAACAUUUCAGUGUUUGGGGUGCAGGAAGUGGUGGAUUUGCUCGUAGAGAAACAGUUGGUCAGACGGGCACCUGAAUUGUAAAAUCGCGCUCAUUGGUCCUUGGCUAUAUUACAGUUGAGCCGCGUGAGAAAACGGAGUUCUUCGACUUCCCCACUUCUCGAAUUAACUCAUAACCAGCUUAAGGACUGUGGGUCUAGCUGUAGGCUAAGAGUCCGUCUCCUCUGAUGCCCCUUGUUGACCCAUAAAAUUGUUGCACCCACCGUUAUGGUCAGUUUUUGCAACUGUACCGUUCUUUUUCUACAUCUGCACCACUGCGUUAUUAUCUAGGCAUGCUUCUAGAAUAACCAGAAGACGAGGUGACGAGCAUACCUAGCUUUCGAUAAAUUCUCGUCGGGCCAGUACGGGGAACGGGGUAGAAGUAAAAACAUGUCAGUGAUAAGAAAAAUCGAUUAAAGUUCGCCUUACAACACGGGCAGGGUGUGGGAAUGUGGGGGAGGGGUUAUAGCAGUCACUGUCAGGGGCGGAGGGGCGCGGGAGGAGUUGCAGCGUUAGUCGACCUUCAACCACUGUAGGCGCGGAGCCUGGACGUGGUUGCUCUGCGCGCACAAGAUUGGUUUUCGCAACCUGAUGGCGGCCGCCUCUGCCUUUGCUAACAGGCGCUGGCCUAGUAGCUUAGGGUAGCUCGAUGGGACCUUAUAAAUCACACGAAAAGCUUCGUUUGGGUCCACACGACCGCAGACCACCUCAAUGUGCAUCUAUUCCUUCACUUGCUCCUGUGGAGCAGGUUAUAUUGAUCGCAUGAGUCGGCGCUUAUCUAAGAGAAUACGGGAACACCUCCCGGCAUGGCUGGGAAAAGGCGAAACUAGAAGCAUAAGCAGCGCCAUUCUCGCUCAUGUCGAUUCCGGACAUCACGUAGGCCCCAAUGAAGCUUUUUGUGUGAUUUAUAAGGUCUCAUCGAGCUAUCCUAAGCUACUAGGCCAGCGCCUGUUAGCAAAGGCAGAGGCGGCCGCCAUCAGGUUGCGAAAACCAAUCUUGUGCGCGCAGAGGAACCACGUUCAGACUCCGCGCCCACAGUGGUCGAAGGUCGACUAACGCUGCAACUCUCCCCGCACCCUUCCACUCUCACCCCGCCCCUGACAGUGACUGCUAUAACUCCUCCCCCACAUUCCCACACCCGGCCUGUGUUGUAAGGCGAACCUUAAUCGAUUUCGCAUGUUUUUACAUGAUAUGCUUUUACUUCUACCCCAUUCCCAUUUAAUUGUACUGGCCCGACGAGAAUUUAUCGGAAGCUGCGUAUGCCCGCCACCUCGUCUUCUGAUUACUGCUAUCUGAAUUUUCGCAACUUCUAGACCAACUCAAGCAUGCCUAUUUUUCAGGGCACCUCCGGACCCUAGGCCGACGAGAAUUUAGAUUGCACCAUAUAAAUCUUACUGUUUGGGGACAUCUUAUGAACAGAAGACCCAAUCAGUUGAUAAAUUCCAUUAUUUUGACCCGUAUACUGAAUUUUAAAACCUCAAUGCCUCCUGUUGCAAAUUCAUGACCGCCGUUCGCUCACCCAGCAUAUGCUCCCGUCACCUUGUGUGCGACUUGUCUGUUGGACAAGCUGCAGUCUCAUUUACUCCUUUUUUUCUGCCCUCUUACCUGUUAGUUGCGCGAACCGCACACAAGAGGAUGGAGCAGGCGGCACGUGAGGCCAACAAGAACAUUCGUCAGGCUAAAGGCAGUCGAACCUUCGGACAGAUGCGGAAACCUGAACAGAUUCUCAAACAACGACGCAAGCGAGAAAAACAGCACAGAUUUGCUAGUAAAAAUAAGGCGAAGAAGGGCGGUGGUGGUGGUGGUGGUGCCCGCGGCAGAAGAGGCGGCGGCGGUGGCAAGGCUACAAAACGCGGAAAAUCGAAACGCUCCUAA